UAAGUUCAUUUUUUUUCAUACAAGACAGCCCCUAACAGAGAAACAUAAAAGGAUUCAUGACCUAUAGUUCCUUAUAAACUGUAAAAUGAAUGAUAUAAAACUACUUCUUAUGUCUGUGUCUCCUCCCAGCCAUUUAUCUGAUGAGACAGUGUGAUACAUCCUCUGAGUUUCAUGUGUUAAAGUAAAAGUAAAAAUAUCCUUUUUGGACACCAUCUCUGUUUUUCAUGUCAUCAGUACACAUUCCCACCAUGUGUUGUCUCAGUGGGGAUCCACCUCUCAUGCUGACUCUGCCAUGAUCGGUUCACUGCAGCUACACGACCGCACAUAACAGAUCGUUCGGCCCAGGCAGCCUACGUGCGUAUCUAUCUCUGUUCCUGCAGUUGUGUUUCACCAGCACCAGGUAUAGCCUCCGCUCAGAAGGUAGCAGGUAGGCUGUUCGCGUCAGUGAGCGGGGGAUGCGCAUUGGCUCGUUUCAGCCCGCGGGGCUCCAGGCUCCACCUCCCCAUCAGAGUCUCGCCUGCGCUGCGCUUGUUGCGGUGAGCGCGGAGGGGUUGUGCGCUCUCAGGUUACGCGUAUGAAGUUGUGGACAAGAGGAGAUCGAAGACAUCCAGCGGCUAAAAGACGGAGGAAAGUAGAGGCUGACUGCCGUCGUUUCACUCUUUCAUCUGGGGAUAGGCCUACAUUAAAGUCCCCGGACAGCGGCUGAGAAAAGGCACCAAAACGAGUUUGUGGCAUUUAAUAAUUGAGAGACCAAGCAUACCCAACAGUAUGCGGUGCAGUUAUGGCAGGCAAGGGUAAGACAGUCGUGAGGACGCUGGAGGAUUUAACGCUUGAUUCUGGUUAUGGUGGAGCCGCGGACUCGGUCAGGUCGUCCAGCGUGUCGCUGUGCUGCUCCGACACGCAUCAGUCCUUCUCGCAUGGGGGCAACUGCUGGCAUCUGACGGAAUCCAUGCACAGCAGACACAACAGUUUGGACACAGUCAACACCGUCCUGGCGGAGGACACGGAGAUACUGGAGUGCUCGGGUCAGUGCGCCAAACUGCCCGAGCUGGAGGACGUGCCAUGGAGCCUCGGCGAGGUGGAGGGCGCACUGAGGAAAGACGAGGAGCUGAUGGUGGGCAACCCGCCACCGGAGGUCUUGGCGCGACUGUCCGCUCUCAUCAGCCGCGCGCUGGUCAGGGUUGCCCGGGAGGCGCAGCGGCUCAGCCUCCGCUACGCCAAGUGCACCAAGCAUGAGAUCCAGAGCGCCAUCAAGGUGGUGCUCUCAUGGACCAUCUCCGUCAACUGCAUCACGGCGGCUCUGAGCGCCCUGUCCCUCUACAACAUGAGUACCGGGGACAAGUUCAGCCGAGGCAAGUCGGCGCGCUGCGGGCUCAUCUUCUCCGUGGGGAAGUUCUUCAGGUGGAUGGUGGAUAGCCGGGUGGCCCUGAGGAUCCACGAACACGCUGCCAUAUACCUCACCGCCUGCAUGGAGAGCCUGUUCAGAGAGGUGUUCAGCCGCGUCCUGCGCAGCGCGCUCGUGGAGAGGGACAACGGGAUCCCCAAGUUUACGCUGGAGUCAUUGGAGCAAGCCAUCAACAGCGACUCGGAGAUCUGGGGUCUGCUGCAGCCCUACCAGCACCUCAUAUGUGGCAAGAAUUCAAGUGGUGUGCUGAGCCUGCCGGAGAGUUUGAACCUGCACCGGGACCAGCAGCGCUCCGGGAGGGGCGGAGAGGGUCAUGGAUACACCCAGGCUGAGCUCCGCACACUGGAGCAGUCGCUGCUUGCAACCCGGGUGGGCAGCAUCGCCGAGCUGAGUGAUCUGGUAUCCCGGGCCAUGCACCACCUGCAGCCGCUGCACAUCAAAAACCCUAGCAAUGGGACUCCAGUCCACCAGAAGACCAACACCACGGUGCACUGGGAGCCUGAGGCCCUAUAUACCCUGUGUUACUUCAUGCACUGCCCGCAGAUGGAAUGGGAGAACCCAAAUGUUGAACCCUCCAAAGUCACCUUACAGACUGAGAGGCCAUUCCUGGUACUGCCUCCGCUGAUGGAGUGGAUCCGGGUGGCGGUCGCUCACACUGAGCACCGACGAAGCUUCUCUGUGGACAGCGAUGAUGUGAGGCAGGCUGCCAGGCUGCUGCUCCCUGGUGUGGACUGUGAACCACGACAAAUAAAAGCGGAGGAUUGUUUCUGUGCCACCAGAAAACUGGAUGCAGCCUCCACAGAGGCCAAGUUCCUGCAGGAUCUGGGCUUCAGGAUGCUCAACUGCGGACGGACGGAUUUGGUCAAGCAGGCUGUGAACCUGCUGGGGCCUGAUGGCAUCAACAGCAUGAGCGAACAGGGAAUGACCCCUCUCAUGUACGCCUGCGUCCGCGGCGACGAGGCCAUGGUCCAGAUGCUGCUUGACGCCGGAGCUGACAUCAACAGCGAGGUGCCAAGCACAGUAAACAAGCACCCCUCAGUUUAUCCUGAAACGCGCCAGGGGACGCCACUCACUUUCGCCGUGUUACACGGACACGUCCCUGUCGUGCAGUUGUUGCUGGAUAAUAGAGCGAAUGUGGAGGGCGCCCUGCAGGAUGGGGCGGAGAACUACACAGAGACCCCGCUUCAGCUGGCCGCCGCUGCAGGUAACUUUGAGUUGGUGAGUUUGCUCCUGGAAAGAGGGGCAGACCCCAUGAUCGGGACCAUGUGUAGAAACGGCAUCUCCUCUGCCCCACUGGGAGACAUGAACUCAUACAGCCUGGCAGCAGCACAUGGCCACAGGAAUGUCUUUCGGAAGCUCCUGUCCCAGUCGGAGAAGGAAAAGGGGGACGUGCUGUCCCUGGAGGAGAUCCUGGCCGAGGGUUCGGAACCUGGAGAGAAGAGGUUGGCUCCGCAGGCCAACGGUGGCGGGACCCUGCGAACAGGAAAGGCCAAACUGAGAGCCCUGAGAGAGGCCAUGUACCAUAGCGCAGAGCACGGCCAUGUGGACAUCACCAUAGACAUCCGCAGCUUAGGCGUUCCCUGGACGCUCCACACCUGGCUCGAAUCCCUGCGCACCUGCUUCAUCCAACACCGCCGGCCGCUGAUCCAGGGCCUGCUCAAAGACUUCAGCUGCAUCCAGGAAGAGGAGUACACAGAGGAGCUGAUCACGCACGGCCUGCCGCUGAUGUUUCAGAUCCUCCGAACCAGCAAGAAUGAGGUGAUAAGCCAGCAGCUGUCAGUUAUUUUCACCCAGUGCUACGGGCCGUUCCCCAUCCCUAAGCUGACAGAGAUCAAGAAGAAACAGACCUCGCGCUUAGACCCUCACUUCCUGAACAACAAGGAGAUGUCUGAUGUUACUUUCCUGGUGGAGGGGAAACCGUUUUAUGCACAUAAAGUUUUGCUGUUUACAGCUUCACCCAGGUUCAAGUCGCUGCUCCAAAACCGACCCGCAGCAGAAAACACCUGCAUCGAGAUCAGCCAUGUCAAGUACAAUAUAUUCCACUUGGUCAUGCAGUAUCUGUACUGUGGAGGCACUGAGUCCUUGCACAUACGCAACACUGAAGUUAUGGAGCUCCUGUCUGCAGCCAAAUUCUUCCAACUAGAGGCCCUUCAGAGACACUGUGAGAUCAUCUGCUCCAAGAACAUCACCACUGAAACCUGCGUGGACCUCUACAAACACGCCAAGUUCCUUGGUGCCACAGAGCUUACGGCUUUCAUCGAGGGCUAUUUCCUGAAGAACAUGGUGCUGCUGAUCGAACUCGACAGCUUCAAGCAGCUUCUGUAUGAACCUCCUCCUGCCGAGAGCCCCGUGUCCAGCCCCGGCAUCUGCUCUGACAUCCUCCUCGACCUGGAGAAGACUCUGGCCACGCGCAUUCACUCCAUCCACCUUUCCACCUCCAAGGGCUCUGUGGUGUGACGCCGUCCUCUCCGGAGCCUUCCGAUCCAGCCACAGCAUCCAUGUAACACCACUAUUAACAUCCAGUGUCCUGCUAUAACAACCUGCCCCCCCACACACACUUCCACCUGUCCUGGCCCCACCACUGAAGAGGACUUUUUUAUGUCAGGGAUUCCCUUUAAUUCUGCCUGUUGCAGCCAACUGAGGGUUAAUGUUGGCAUACGUGACAAAAUCAGAGAGAAAACCUUCUUGCCCUGUCAGAGGUUUGAACUCGUUGUCAUAAUGGCUCCCACUGAUCACUUCACAUCCCAUACAGUAAGAAAAACUGUUUAAAAAAACUGACUUGACCCAGCAGUAUCACUUAGACCUAACCAUGAUAAUAAAACUUUCUAUUGUAUUUCAUAUAGAAUUCAUGCAUGAAAUACAUACUGUACACCUUUUUAUGCUUAAAAAGGUAGAGUAGAAUUUUAACUAAAGCAGCUUUCUCAUCAUCUCUGAUAUGAGACUUUGGUUUACAAGUAACAUCACUUUAUGGAAGUGGAUGCCAUUGCAGUAUAAAGUUUCACACAUGCCAAAACAUAAAUAUAAUCCUACUAUACAACCAAUAAAAGUGAUUAGUAGCAAUGCCAGCAGACAGACUUUUAGGUGGACUUAUUUGAACUUAUUUACAUUUCAUCCUGUCACCUCUAUGUUGGAUACGUCUCACUGUGUUAUAUCUACUGUGUGCAGAGGCCAAACUGAUCACAGGAACUUCCACUGUGGCCGACACUGCAGCGCUGAUUCGACUAAAGACGCCCCCACUCAGUGAAAUCUAUGCUGACGUAUGCUUGAAACAUGGAUGUCCAACUUGGGAAAUUAACUUGUGAUAACUCCACGAACACUGUCUGGGUUUAUUUAUUUUUAAUUUUUUUUGCAUGACACCUCCUCAACUGAGCUGCCCUGAUAUUGCUUUUUAUGCAGAGCUUACUUCAUGGACCACUUUAACAAGGGGGAAGUAAGGGAAAACGCUGCUUAUUAACUUUGUAUCCACUGCAAAACAGACUAGACUGAGCAGGAUUUGGAGAUGGAUUUUUGAUUGGCAGGGAAUUUCUCUUAAAGAUAUUUAAAGCAAAGUGUAAAUACAUCCUGAAAAUCAUCGUGCUGAUCGCUCUUUUUUUUUUUUUUUUUUUUCUUUUUUUUGUAAACUGAUGUAUAGUAUUCUCCUACACUCGCUUGGCUGAUGACCAGUCUCAUUGAAUGUGCUCCCUGAACAGUUUGUUCCUGCUGUAUGUCUCUGUUUAUGCAAAGUUGCAUGUUUAAUCUGUUUGUAUGACUCCUCUGUUUCGCUUUAGGUGUGCUUUCUGUGUAGAGUGGUAGGGCUGAGUAGGGUGUUGAUUGUUCCAGCUGAAGUCCUAUCAAAGGAUAUUUCCUCACAUUGUUUUGCUAUUUCUGAUACAUUCCAGAUUAUCAGGGUAGAUCACGAGAUUUAACGAGAAGUCACUUUUUGUUUUAGACUGAACUGAAUAUGUUGAAUUCAUCAGACACAAAGCAGACUAUAUUACCUGAUAGUCCACCUGAAUGAACUUUUGGGGGGAAAAAGGCAAAACAUCGCAAAAAAAUGUUUUACUCUUAGCUGAGGUGGAAAAGUUGGUUGAUAAAAAUCAAUGAAGCAAAAUAUGACAACAGAAUGGAAGUAGGUUAAAUGAAGCAUCUGACAAUAACGUCCACUGAAAUGGCAGCAGAACAAAACAUUCCAUCACUUUUUCCACAUCCUUUUGGAAGAAUUAGCACCACAAAUUGUUUAUCUUGAUGUGCCCAACUCUCCUAACAUCUGCAUAGCAGUAGUAGAUGAAACAUGUAUUAAUGAGCAUUUUCUCCAGCCAGUUUUCUGAAAAUUUGUGCAACAUCCAGAUGUAAACUUGGCAACAGUUGAAGCACUUUUACAUCAUCAAAAGAAUGAAACUCUCCUGGAUGAAUCAUCAAUGGAAAGGAUGAGUGCAGCAUGAGUACAUAAACAACUUUGCAGUGUUAAGUUAAUUGAAACACCUGAUCACUGAGCUUUAAGUUCUGUUGUGUGUCAGUUAACAAAGGGUGGAAGCUUUGAGAAAACUGAAAACACAAUCUGAAGCUUGAAAGAAGUUGCAUUUGGAUUCAGGGUCAAAUCUACAUGAAUUCUUUAACUAUGGUGCCACAUUUUGCUCCCAAUUACAAGGACAAAGAGUUCUGAAUUCACCACAGCUCUGAAUCUGCUUCUGAAUGGCUUUUUCUCCAUGGCAACAGCAGCCAAGGCUUAUGUCAGCUGACAGGCAAACCCUGAUUCUCAGAGAUGAAACUGAAAUAAUUAAACUGGUCAUCGGAACAUAAACCUAUAGGAUUGUUAUAUUAACUAAGAGGGUUCCAUGUUUCUAUGUUCAAUAACAUGGAGGAUAUCAUUUGAAGAAAAAAACAGAUAUGGGAAUACAGAUUGGGGAAAAGCCCUCAAUAUAAAGAUGUGUUGUUUCUUGUCAGUUUGAAGGUCCAUAACAGAAACGUGGCAGUCUAAUGAACUCAGAGUAUUCAAAAAUUCCACUUUUUGUCCCAUAUGAGUGCAUUUUCCACACCUGCCCUCCUGUUGUAUAUUAAGAUCACACUUCUAGUUCUAAAAGGACCAAGUGCUAAACUAGACAACGUGGAGAAGCAGCCCUGUUCUUUAGACAAGGGCAGAAAUCUUAAUGCAGUUCAACAAUGUUUGAAGAAACUCCAUGCCCCUCUCACUCACAUGUAACACAUUGAUUUAGGAAGAACUCAUACAUCGUACAGUAUAUUUUAUGAAUGUAACAAUGCAACAAAAGUUGGAUAUUUACAAAAUGUGCAAUGUCUCUAGUUCAGCAACCAACCAAAACAAAAUGCUUCCCUCUGUUUCUAACAGCUUACAAUGCAAAUGUCUCUAAAGUGUCCUCAUACUUUGUGGUGAUUGUUCCUACAUUAAUCUGACUGUACCUUCAGAUAUGAGACAAAUCUUAUGACUUAAAAUAUUGUAGCACACUCAAAAUUACUUACAUAUUUGUUUUGGGCCAAAAAAACAUUAUAAGAGAAACAUAGACAUAUACGAGUUGGUUUUAAGUUCUGUAAAUAGCUACAGAAAAAGGAAAUAUAGAUAUUAUCCUACGACUUUAUUUUCUUACCUACAUACAUAGCACUAUAUAUUUUAUUUUACAUUCCACAGCUAUUUUGUUUUACAAAAGUGAAAAAGAUUAUAUAAAAAGAUGCUUUAAAGUUUUGAAAUUAAGCAAUAUUUCCAUUAGACUGUAUUACUUUGAUUAGUACAAUGAAUAAUAUGCCACAGGAUAUGGAGCUACAGUAUACAUGUAAAUUGAAAGACAUAAUAUAGACAAAAAAGCCUGAAUAUACUAUUUUUGUUUAUAUUUUUGUGACAUCCCAUGGUGUAUUUUCUUUUAAAUGUAUUUCACUCAUUUUAAAAGAAUAUUUCUAACUUAUAGACUGCCUGUUGAUUUUACCCUGAUAGCUUUAAUGAAGCUGUUAAGUUAACUCACUUUCACAACUUAUUUGGCUUUAUAUUGAAUCAUUACAAAUGCCCAUGUUAUAGAACUGAAACUUGUUAUUAUGAUGUGAAAUGUAACUUAAAGAUGCAAACCGUUUUGUCUCCACAGAGGUAAAAAGGUUCAUAAUGAUGUCAAGCACUUUUUGUGCCAGUGUUACUGUAGCCUCACACAAUCAAAAGCAUUAGUAUUUUAACAGUAAGCUUAAGUUCAAGUCUUAUUGUGACCCAGCAGCAGCUGACUAUGGCUUUAACAUUAAAAGAUGAGAAUAAACUGAAAGACUUUUAGCUUAUAUCUGUUUUUUAUCAGUCUUAAUGUUAUGUCAUUAUAGCAAAAGACUAACUUUAGCUUGCCCCUGUACUGGCGCUUUUGAUUCGAAACUGGGUCAAAGCCGUAGAGUAAAUGUCGGUUCGCAUGGCUCUUCUUGUUUAAUGUUGUUGAGAAUGUGCUCCUGUACACCAGCUUUGUCUAACAAGACCUCUCCCCCUUAAGUUGUCUGAGCAUUUAUUUGCCUGCGUAUCUGUUCCUGGUAAUAAACAACAUUUCUCCUAGAAGCAGUGGAAACAUGCAUGGGAUGUUCACUAGAUUUCAAAUCCACGGGGGGGAUGAACUUUUGCAACUCUUUUUUUUUUUUCCUUUGAUGAGAACAUGUAUAUUGUACAAAAUAUAUAUAUAUAUGAAAUAUAAAUUAUACAUGGUGUGAGAAACAGGGAUGUGGUGGAGUAUAACAACAAAAAGGAAUGUUACACUCGUGCUACAGUUUCUGUCGUUCCAUGACAUGCUUUUGUGGACAGCUAAUAAACGACCACAGUUUAAACCGUA